AUGACCGAUCAGCCAUCUAAGAGGCAAGGGGAAGUCAUCGUGAAGUCAUGUGAUAAAUGCCGUGUGAAGAAGAUCCGCUGUGAGCCUACCAAGGAUGGCUGCGCGCAGUGUACCAAAUACAAGACGACAUGUCAUUUCACACCUAUAGCAACUAAGCGAAAGCCCCGUCGACCAGCUGGUCACAAACAAAUAUCAGACCUGGAAGAUAGACUCAAAACCAUGGAGAGUCUAUUGCAGCAAGCUCUCCAGUCGAAAGGGACAGACGGCACUGGGGAGCAAUUCCCAAUCAAUGUGGUGGGUGAUCAGGCGAUGCUGGUGGAAAUCGAACCAGCCAGCACCUCUUCCAGUCUACAACCUGGCCUUCUAUCUCCAACAGCGGCCAGUAGUAACUCAGGGUCACUACGCGACGGUAUGGACUUCAGCAAGUUCACCCUCCUUCCAACUACGCCCUGGGCUGAAAGAGUGGGAGAAAUGCCACAUGUGAAGAUCCCGUCGCUGUCUUCGAUGGGCCCUACUAAUAUCCCCACCACUGAGAUGAUACUGCAACCACUCUCUCUACCGACAUUCCACCAGCUCCCGUCAAAAGGAUUCGCUCUCGAACUGGUAACAGAUGGCCUUAAAAGCUUCAACACUUUCUUCCCCAUCUUCGAUGAAACAGACUUGUUGCAAAAGUUCCACAAUCAGUAUUUGGACUCCACCCCAAACGAUCCAUGCUGGUGGAGUUGUAUCAAUGUCUUCCUCGCUAUAGCGCAUCGGUUCCGUUCGAUGCGCACAUAUGAUAGAGCGUACGAGACAAAGCAAGCCUGCGGGUAUAUCCACAACGCUCUAGCGGUUGUUGCGGAGCUGAACGUCAUGCACAGCAACUUGGCAGCUGUACAAUCACUUGUUGGUUUAGCAAUUGUGCUCCAAGGCACCGCUAAUCCGCACCCUGCCUCGGUGCUAACAGCUGCUGCUAUCAGGCUAGCACAAACUUUAGGACUCCAUAGGGAAACGCCGUACGAUUGCCUCCCGAAGGAUCAGGUCGAGCAAGGCAGACGUGUAUUUUGGCUUGCGUAUAUACUCGACAAAGACAUAAGUCUACGCAUGCAGCAGCCAUUUGCUCAAGAUGACGAAGACAUGGAUGCUAUACUUCCUUCAAUGAACACCCUCCAAGUUCCUUCUCCGGAUGGACUGAGUAACACUGAUCUAUUAAAUUCGCGCAUCGGUCUGGCCGUCAUCCAAGGCCAGGUGUACAAGAAGCUUUACUCAGUUCAAGCAGCUCGACAACCUGGAGCUCAACGCCAGGAAGUGGCGAGAGAGCUCAAUUCCAUCUUGAGCUACUGGAAAAGCAGCGUCGACAUAGACUUCGAAGAUGGUGUUAUGGUUCCACUGCAGCCACCUCUUGCCACCGAGAUAAUGCACUCUUUAAUCCAUCGAUUCACUUACGUCAACUGUCUUGUCAUGAUCAACGUACAUAUCCCAGAAACGGACAGCUUCUUGGUCGACGAUUUAUCCCAGAUUCAUUCGAUCUUUGAGCAGGCUUAUGUCACUGAGUCUCGAAAGGCAGCUCAAUUGAUUAGUCUCAUACCGCAUGGGGACUAUGCUGUUGUCUGGCUUUUGCUUCAAUCAUUCUCCAACAUCGCGGAAACUCUACUCAAGAACGCAGAAAGAUACCCAGCAUCACCGCAGGCUAUAACAGAUCUUGAGUUGGUGAAGCCAUUCCUUGGACUCUUUGAGAUUCUCGAGAUCGAAAAAGCCUGUUACCGCUCUGAGGAGGUCAGAAGGAUACGUCAGUCAUGCGGUGAGCUUUGGAAUAGAGCAAUCGAGACUGUUCGUUCAACGAAUAUUGAGUUCGGCGAAUAA